AUGAAACUCCCUUCGGCAGCUGGGCUGCUUCUCGCAGCUCUGACCGGUGUCGUCAAUGGUCAAGGGCAAACAUUGGCAAAGAAUUACGAAGGCAACGCCGGGUUUCCCACCUCUGCGCAAUGGGACGCUCUGAAUUCCGCUGUCGGAAACAAGUUGUCUCGCUGCGGCUCUGGCCGUCUCGAGGCUUGUACAUCUGAAGACACCCCGUCCUAUGUGCUUCGGGCGCGAAAUGGGCAGGACAUCGGCAAUGCGUUGAAGUUCGCGAAUGAGCACAACCUGCGGGUGACCGUCAGGGGGACGGGCCACGAUUUCAUGGAGAGGAAUACUGGCGCGGGAAGCCUCAAUAUAUGGACGACAGACAUGCGCGGAGCGCAGUGGACGGCGAGCUGGGCGCCUUCAAAUGGAUCUGCUCCGAAUGGCCCAAAGUUAGCUGCUGUAACCAUUGGUGCCGGUAUGGCGUGGACGUCAGUGACGUCCACUGUAGAGCGGAAUGGGCAUGUCGUAACUACAGGUGCUGACACGACUGUGGGCGCUGCCGGUGGUUGGACAAUGGGCGGAGGUCACGGUCCGCUCUCAAACCAAUAUGGCAUGGGAUGCGACAAUCUCCUUGAAGCUGUCGUGGCGCUUCCAUCCGGGGACAUCGUCACAGCUAAUGCCAACUCCUACCCAGACCUUUACUGGGCCAUCCGCGGCGGUGGAGGCGGAACCUUCGGGGUCAUGAUCAGUGCAACGAUGCGAACCUACCCUAAACCUACUAUGAAUGGCCUCACGCUGCGUAUCUCCGGACGUGGCUCAGGAUACGUCAAUGCUCUUGCUUACAUGUGGGCCAAACUCCCCGAGAUCACCGAUUUUGGCCUCAGCGGCUACCCCACUAUGUCCUCAUCCAGCUACUUCGGCAUGCUCAACGCACCCGGAAAAACCACCGCAGAAAUCAACGCCUUCUUCAACCCCAUCGCCGCGAAAAUGCGCAGCUACGGCGCCACAGUCUCCGCCUCCGCUUCAUCCGGCGGACUUCUUGGAGGACUCCUUGGCGGCUUCGGCGGGCUCGGUCGGCGCAGCUUCUACGAAACGUACGGCGAGCCCACCAACCAACGUGUCAAGCGCCAGGCGCUCACCAGCGUCGGGCUCUUCUCUUCCCGCCUGAUUGCCCGCUCCGCCAUGAACGAGGAAAACCUCCCAGCGAUCCGUAAAAUGCUCGAAACGAUCCUCGCCACCUCCCGCGUGUCCGUGCUUCCGUACCCCAACUCCGGCGGGCAGGUCGCUCGCAAUGCGGAACUGGACGUGGGGCUGAACCCCGCGUGGCGGGAGAGCGUAAUGCAUAUGAUUGUCCAGCGGAUGGAUGCGAAGGCGGCAGUGGCGGCGAUGGGACCGUUGAGCGCGAACGAGGGGGCGUAUCUGAAUGAGGCGUAUCCCGAGGAGGUGGACUGGAAGCGGACGUUCUUUGGCGGUGGGGAACACUAUGAGAAGCUGCUCGCGGUGAAGAACAAGUAUGAUCCGAAAAAUACGCUGUGGUGUAUGCCAUGUGUUGGCGGCGACGUGUUCGUGGAAGGGAAGGACGGGAGGUUGUACAACCCGUAG